CAGCCCUCCUUGCCAUCCAAGUUCGCGACUCGUUUCUCUUGGUGGUGAUCCCAUUAAUAUCUCAAUCCGCGUUUUAUAUUUUCUUGAUAAAUCGACUCCUUGGCCUCCAGACGCGAAGUUUUCUAAGAGGCGAUCAAUUUUCUCCAGCUACCCCGAUCGAGGCUCCGGAGCUGCGAAUCUUGUCGCAAUGUACAACCCUUACCAAGCUCCCGGCCUGUAUGGCAGGCCUCCUGAUUUCGGGGCUUAUCCAGGAGCACCCCCAGGCAUGGCUCCUCCCCCCGGUAUGGCGGCUCCUGGAACUGCUCCCCCGCCAGGCUUGCAACAGGCGAAUGCCCAGCAGCCAGGACGACCGGGAGGCUUCCCCGCGAAUUUCCAACCCCCUCCCAAUAUGCCCAAUAUCAACUUUUCGGCUCCUGUGAUUCGCCUUGGGACAUCCGGUCCACCAAAAUCCGCCACCCCAGAUACCAGCAAAGAACGUGAUGCUCCCGGGAGACGUGCCGGACUGGGCUCGGCGAGCCUGGAUUCUCAGCGCCAGAAUGUUCGAGAUGCCAUGAUGCAACUACAACCGCCGACGCGGGAAGAAAUCGUGAGGACGAUCUUUGUCGGCGGAAUCACGGAAGGCGCCGGCGGUGACGAGGGUGUGGAGAGAAUCCUACGAUCUGCCGGGAACCUCAGGCGCUGGAUCCGCGCUACGGACGCGGAUGAAAAACCGUGCAAGUUCGGUUUCGCAGAGUACGAGGACCCUGAAAGUCUAGGUACUGCCGUUGAAGUACUAAAGGACGUUCAAGUGCCUUUGAAAAGACAGGCACCGUCCCAGGGAGAUGAGGAGGGUGAGCAGGAGGUGGAGACAAGCACACUACUGAUUGUCGUUGACGAAAGUUCCUUGACAUACUUGGAGCAAUACGAAACCACCAAAGGCGACCAGGACCCUGCGGAGAGCCAGGCGCGACUUGACACGGCGCGUGCGACUCUCAAGGAUGUUCUUUCUGACUUGUGCAAACCUACGUCGCCAACUCAGAAGGAAGAGGUCUCGGCAAUCGAUCGCGAGGGAGAUGUUACCAUGAAAGACGGUGAAGGACAAGGGGAGGGCGGUUCGGCCGAAGUUGUGACCAUCCCCAUCACUAUCGAAGACGAAUUGUCGGACAUCCCCCCGGAUAUGCGGGAAACUGUUGCGAAAGAAAUCGCAGCGUUCCGUGAGCGAAGCAACCGCCGGGACAUCGAGCGUCUGAAGAGGGAGGAAGAGAUCGAAUCGAUGGAGCGAGCUCGAAAUGCAGGCUCCCGCGUCAACCGGCUGGCUUCCCCACCGCCAUCUGCUCCUAGUGGGCCUGCUGCUGGCGCAAACGGCGUGCCUCUUGGUCCCAGGGACCGUAGCAUGCCCAAUGCUCCUGCGGGGCCCAAGGGCUUCGGGGUUCAAAUCCCUAAAGACUACCAGAAGGGGGUGUCAUUUGUGAAUGGUGGAUCUAUGAAUGGCGGACCAGCAGUCUAUAUCGACCGCGAAGAUGAGGAAUCCGAUGCGAGCGAUGAGGAGCUGGAGCGCAGACGCCAGGAGAAGAAGGACGCCGAACAAGAAAAGCAAUUCCUUGACCAGGAGCGCCGCUGGCUCAACCGUGAGCGAAGCAGGACCGCAGCCUUGGAGCGGGAGAAGAAGAGAGACAAGGAAGAGGAAUCCAAACUCCAGGAAGUGAAAGAAGAGGCCGAUCAACGACUUGGGGAAUGGAACGACGACGUCGAGGCUAGCCGUAAGGUCGAUGACUACUAUGCCGACCGAGGAGCGUGGUUACGCAGCCGUGCCACCUUCCGUGCGCGCGAAAUCAGCAUGGACGAUACCGAUCGUGCGGCCGAAGAGCGGGAGCGCGCUCGUUCUGUCCAGCAACGGGAGCAAGCACGCGGUAUGGCCGACGACUUCCUUGCUCGUCAGGCAGAGGAGCUCGAGACUCGCCCUCAGGCCCCGAGAGAGCCACAGCGUUUCAAGCUCUCCCUCGGAGCUGCCGCGCAAAAGGCCCAGGCCGCAACCUCUCGUCGGACGGUCGCCGAAGUCGAAGGUUUACUGGAGGACGAGGAAGAGCCGGAAGCAACGGCGAGACGUCCUCUCAUUCCGAUCAAGUUCGACAGCGCUGCCGAGGCGGCCGGACUUACCGAAGAAGAACGUGCCCAAGCUGCCCGACAGCUGGCGGGCGAGAUUCCGGCCGACAAGGAAGGACUCUGGAAAUGGGACGUCAAAUGGGAGUUCGUGGACGAGAGCGUGGUCAGCGAACAACUCAAGCCCUUCGUGGAGAAGAAGAUUGUGGAAUAUCUGGGAGUUCAGGAGCAGAUGUUGGUGGAUGUGGUGGAGGAGCAUAUUCGGAAGCACGGCACUCCUCAGGAAUUAGUGGAGCAGCUCGAGGAGGCACUCGACGAAGAGGCAGAGGUCUUGGUUCGAAAACUCUGGCGAAUGAUCAUCUUCUUUUCGGAAAGCGAGAAGCGAGGUCUCUCUGGUUAGGCAAUGCAUGGCGGAUCGAUCGGAUGGGCUUGAGAUUUGACACUGACACCGUUUGUUUAUGCUAUGGUUAUGGCGAAUGGAAUUACCUUUGCAUGGGAAUGAUAUGAUGCUCGGAAAGAAAUCCGGUCCAGCGAGGAGCGCAUACAAAUGAUACUCUUUUG